UUGAGAAUUCAAAUAUCUUGUGACACCUGUGGACGUCAACUCAACGAAUUUCUUACUUUUGUUGUCGACGGCGUUAAAAAUGUUCACAGCCGCCAUAUCACAUUGAGCCAAAAACUUGGCAUUACUGUUAGUCAACGGUUUUUUUCAUUCAACAGAGCUUCUUCAUCGGACAACAUUUUCCUGGAGAAUAUCAUAUCUUGAAAAGGAAAAACUGGGUCAGUGCUUCUAGAAAUGGAGUACAUGCCGGUUCCUGUAACUUCUAAUAUAAUGGUACAGAAUUAUGUUGUUACCACUAAUAAUAACAUGAAUAAUGCUGGUGAUAUGCUUUCAACUCGACCGCUUAAUUCACCUGAAUAUGAUAAUGCGGCUGCUGCAUCGUCGUCGCCAACAUCAAGUGAAUCACCGCCGCAGUGGCAGCAUGCUCCCAGCAUGGAAUUGAUGCAUAUGAAUGGACGUAAAGUGCUGGGCCCUCCCGAAGAUUGGGUUGGCCCUCCGCCGAGCAGUGUUUGUGAGCUUUUUGUGCGUCGCAUCCCAAGGGAUCUGAAUGAACAUAAACUACUUGGUCCCUUCUUGAGGUUUGGACGUAUUUAUGAAAUACGCCUUCCAAUGGAUUUUAAUCAAUCCUAUCGGGGUUAUGCUUAUGUUAAAUAUACCAAUGAAGAGGACGCUGCAUGUGCCAUGGAAGUAUUGAAUCACUAUUAUGUGCAAAAGGGCCGCAAGUUGGAAAUUUUGCAUUCAUAUGAGAAGUGUCGUCUCUUUGUUACCAAUAUCCCAAAACAUUUGGAUGAACAGGAGAUUGAAAGGGAAUUUCGUAAAAUAUUUCCCACUAUGGAGAGGAUAUAUACACGACCAUCGAGUUCGAAUGAUGUCAAUCAUAGUGGUGGUUGUGGUGAUGCUACAACGUCUGAUCAAGUUACUGGCAAUCGUGGUCAUGUUUUUGUCCAUUUUCCAUCCCAUUUACAUGCUUUGGAAGCAAAGAAGAAGAUUACACCCGGUUUGAUUCGUAUGUGGGAUAAGGAUUUGAAAGUUGUCUGGGCCCAUACUGACCGUGAGAAUAAUGCAACAAAGGCGUCAAAAACUCUCUUCGUUCGAAAUGUGGACUUCACUGUAAAUAAUCGGGACAUUAUCGAAUUGCUUGUCAAAUAUGUUCCACGUACUGCUGUCUGCAAAAUAUCCAAAGUUCGAACUACAGCAUUUUUUGAUUUUACCACACGUGAAGCAGCGGAAAUUUGCCUUAAACAACUUCAAGGUGUAGAACUAAGAGGCAGACGUUUGGAUGUGGAAUGGGCAAAACCAUCUGAACAACAAUCAUUACAUCGCAUGCGCGGCACUGAUUUCGAUGCUGUACUGCGGCUCAAAUGUAUUGCCAAUGGUUGGCAUAUUCCAAUAAUAAUUUUUGGUUGCCAUUAUGAACAGGAACAUGUACAAUAUUGUGUUGUGGUAUUGCGUGAUGCCCACGGUACGGUACGGGCAACAUUUUGCAUAAUGAAUACCACCGAAUUGGUCGAUAUACAUUCACGUAUGUGUGAAGUGGUAUGUGCACUGAUUGAAACUAUUGGGACAUUUCCCGAUUAUAAUUAUGUGUUCAUGGUGGAAAAGGAUUCGGCACAUCUAUUGGGCAUGAUUAUGUUUAAUCCGUUUUCUCCGGACUUUGUGGCCGCCUGUGGGGUGCCCCAUGAUUUCCAUUUUGAUUUAAACGAACUAAUUGACCUAAGCUCUGCCGUAAUAUCUCUAUCAUAUUGCUCUGACGAAGUUCUUUUGGCGGCCUAUAAAGAAAGUUUUCGAACACAAAACGAUUGCACAUAUCUAAGAAAUUGGCCGCUGAUUGGACAUCGUAUAUUUGCCACCAUUAUGCCAAAAUAUCGUAAUAAGCCACCGCUAAAAUAUAAUCUUAAUGAUACACAAAUCGUAAUGGCUCUGUGCUUUACGGCAACCGGCACAAAUGCAGCUUUGCCCAACCGUCAAUAUAUUGGCUUUCGGGUUUGUAACUUUGAUCAAGGUUAUGAGGGUUUACGUUAUGUUUCGCUCAACUUGUUGCCAGUGGCCUUAACGCAAUCACGAUUUGCAGUGUCACAUGUUUUAAAUCAUGUUUUGUAUGGCGGUACUCAAUACUAUCAUCCAUCGCAACGUAUUAUGAUGCCACCAUUAUGGAUUACAGGUUGUUCGUAUGCAGAAUCGAUUAAACAGCCGAAUAACUGUGAAGCAAAAAAGGAAGAAUCAAAUUCCAUAAGUAUUAAGAACAGUGAGCAACAAAUGCCAAUACGAUUUUUUCCACAGCAGUCAUCAACUCCAACACCACAACACGGGGCACAGCUACCAGGAACCUUCAUAACUGCUCAGUACACUCAACCUGUUUUUAAUAACAUCAUUAACACAUCUAACGUUAUUAACACAUCCAAAACUAUUGUUUCGCCCAACAUUUCCACACCACCUCCAGCUUCUUCUUUUCCAAAUGCCUCAGUAUCUCAGCCGGCAAAUGGUUAUGCUCCUCCAUAAAUCGUAUUUUAGAUGGAAAAUAAGUGCGUAUAUUUUUUUAAUUUAUCUUUUUUGUAAUUCAUGAGUUUUGAAUUUUUAAAUUUUGCAUGUUUUUUGAUAUCAUUGUUUGUCUUCUUAUAACUUGCAGUUUUUAACAAGUUUUAUCAUUGAAAGAAUGUUUUAAAAUAUUUUAUUGUUUUUAUGUU